AUGAACGCACGUACCAUCCGUGAACGCUGCCUCAGCGUGCUCUCGGCCCAGGCACCCCAGAAUGAUCUGGCAGGAAAAGGGGUCGGAAUAUCUGAUGAGCUCAUCACUUUAGAGAUCAUGUCACCAGAUGCGUGUGACCUCACUCUGAUCGAUCUACCUGGAAUCGCUCGAGUCCCAGUAGAAGGACAACCAGAGGAUAUUGGAAAACAGAUCAAACAUCUGAUCAUGACAUAUAUUAAGAAAAGUGAGACUAUAAACCUGGUUGUGGUCCCUUGUAACACUGACAUUGCAACAACAGAAGCCUUAAAAAUGGCACAAGAAGUAGAUCCUGAUGGCAUAAGAACAGUCGCUAUUUUGACCAAGCCAGACCUCAUAGACAAGGGAACAGAGAAGAACAUUCUGUCUGUUGUCCACAACCAAGUAAUUCGUCUUCGCAAAGGUUACAUCAUGGUGAAGUGUAGAGGACAACAGCAGAUCGAUGAUGAAAUUCCUCUAGAGGUGGCGGCACAAAUGGAGAGAGAUUUCUUCCAAAACCAUGACUAUUUCAGAUGCCUUUUGGAAGACGAUAAAGUGACUAUUAAAUGUCUUGCCAUCAAACUGACUCAAGAUCUUGUUGAUCAUAUUAAAAAAUCACUGCCACAGCUCCAUGAGGAGAUAAAAAACCAGUUGUGGAAUGUGAAGAGAGACCUUAAGCAGUAUGAGGAUGGACCGCCAGAAGACCUUGAGGGAGCCAAGGAAUUCCUCAUUAAAACCUUAAAUGAAUUCAAUGAGAAAAUCAAGUCACUAUCAUCAGGAGAGAUGAUGACUGAGAAAAAUAUAUUUUUCCAGUUUCGUGUUGAAUUCAAGAAGUGGAAUGAUCAUCUUAACAGUACAAAGACAACCUUUGACAAUUUAAAAGAGUUGAGCAGGGAUUACAGAGGGAGGGAACUGCCUGGCUUCAGCAACUACAUAAAGUUUGAGAAGAUUCUGCAGGAGCAUGUGGCAAAACUUAAAGAGCCAGCCACUGAUUUACUCAACAACAUAAAAGACAUCGUCAUCAAGGAAUUCACUGACGUGGUGAAUGAGUGUUUCCAGAACUACCACAUUCUUCAGAACAUCACUAAAGACAAAAUCAACAACAUUCAGUUAAACCAACUAGAAAAGGCUGAGGAGAGAAUCUCAGAGCAGUUUAAGAUGGAAAACAGGAUCUACACUCAAGAUCCCAUUUUCCUUAAGGUCUUGAGUGAGAUUACAAAAGAUGCUUUUUCAGAAAACAUGUUACCUGUCUUUGACAAACAAAGCACGUACAGUCAUUUGCUGGAGGCGUAUUACGAGAUUGUGGUGCAGAGGAUGGCUGACCAACUGCCCUUGAUGGUCACCUUUUACAUGCUGCAGGAAACUGCUCAGCUCCUGUCUAUUGACAUAAUGAAAUUAUUAGAAAAGCCAGAUGUGCAUGAGCUCCUGUCUGAGGACUCUGAUGUCAGCAGAAGGCGCAAAGAACUAAGAGCUUGUCUGAAUCGUUUGACUGCUGCUAAAGAAGCAAUUACCAGUUUUUUUAAAUGACUAGAGCAGUAGUUGGUUCUCAAACUAGGGUACGCGUACCCCUGGGGGUACGUGGCACGUCCUGAUUUUGCUGAGUUAGAUGUGUUCCUGGGUCAACAUAUUUUGUUGACCCUGGAACAACAUUUUAAUCCAAAAAUUUAAUCUUGACCACAUCCUUACACCUAAACCUAACCUUACCCAUGAGUAAUCCCUAAAAUCAGAGGAAAUGAUAGAUGAUUGACACUGAUGUACAAGCACCAAACACUGAUUGAAAGCCUAAACUUCACAAAAACUAUAUAUAUAAUCUUUUGUUGGUUUGUGUCACGUGCUCCUCAUUGUUUGGUAUAAGUAGUCCUCUUUUUCCUUUUGUUUCUUGUCGUGUAUGUAACCUGCUGUUGGUGAGUUUCUGUUCUUGUUCAUGCCUGUUUUAUGCCAAGCAAAGUCUGUUUAUGCCAAGUCUGUUUCUGUCAAGUCUGUGCCAAGUCAAGUCUUUGUUCAUUGUUUGGAUGUUCAUGUUUGGAUUUAAAUAAACUGC